UCGAACGGACUCGGGCGGUCGCAGCGCACCGCGCCUCCUGCCGACGGGCGCCGCAGCCGCAGGCGAGUGUCCCGCCGCGGUACCUGCGCCACCAGCGGACAGUGAGACUGAGGGACACCGCGACCAGCUCGAGACGCGACCUGUGAGACGCGACGUGACCCCGGGCGGCCGUGGCACCGACGUGACGUGUCGCUGCGCAGCGCCGCCGGCGCAGCUCGGGCCGGCUCCGGUUCAAUACCGCCCCGCGCAGGCGGCUCCAGCGGCGACCGCACAGCGGCCUCCAUACACUCACACUCACACACAUACACACACACCUACACUGUGACACCCCCGGCCACCCUCCGCACGCAGCCCGCCACACCCGCGCACACACGGCUCUCUGUGGACGGGCGGGAGGGCGGGACGAGUGCCCGGCCGCCACUCCGUGUCAGUGACUGAGGUGCAGUGAUCGCUGCGGCACCGCGCGCUGCCCGCCGGGCCCCGUCCAUCUCACCGCGCCAGCCGCCCGUCGGCCAUGCGGGGGGCGGUGUGCCGCACUGCGACCUUCUCCGGAGCGGCCACUCGAGAUGCCCGCGCGUGACCGUAAACGGAGGCUGGAUACAGGCUAGCGGCAGCUCAGGAGGCCCGCGCGCGAGAGGCGGCAGCCAGCGGCGCCGACCCGGCGGCGCACCGGACCUACAGCUACUCCGCCAUGGCCAAGAAGAGCGCGGCGCCGUCGCAGGACGGCCGACGGCCCACCUCGCUGUUCAUCUUCAGCGAGACGAAUCCAAUCAGAAGAUACACCAAAUUCAUCAUUGAGUGGCCUCCGUUUGAGACGGCAGUUUUGAUGACCAUCAUCGCCAACUGCGUGGUGCUCGCUCUCGAGGAGCACCUGCCAGAGGGCGACAAGACGAUGCUCGCCAUCAAACUGGAGGCUACUGAAACUGUAUUUUUGUGCAUCUUCUGCGUGGAGGCGUCGUUGAAGAUAAUGGCGCUAGGAUUUGUGCUACACAAGGGUGCCUACCUUAGGAAUAUCUGGAACAUUAUGGAUUUCAUAGUAGUAGUUACCGGACUGGUCACAAUACUAGCAGAUGAGAGACUCACGGCCGGUGUCGACUUCAGGACGCUCAGGGCCAUUCGUGUCCUGCGACCGCUUAAGCUAGUGAACGGAAUUCCUAGUCUUCAGGUGGUGCUGAAGUCCAUCAUCAAGGCGAUGGCGCCUUUGUUACAAAUCGGCAUGCUGGUGUUGUUCGCCAUCGUCAUAUUCGCCAUCAUCGGGCUGGAGUUCUACUUUGGCGCGCUUCACAAGACCUGCUAUGAUUUGAAGGAUUUCAGUAAAUUUAAGACGGAGGGGGACUCGCCAACUCCUUGUGAUAUGUCCAAUGCAUGGGGGGGCUACCGGUGUAACGAAUCGGUGUCAAUGUGUCUGGAGGGCUGGGUGGGCCCCAACUACGGCAUCACUUCGUUCGACAACAUCGGCUUCGCCAUGCUCACCGUGUUCCAGUGCAUCACCAUGGAGGGCUGGACGUCCAUACUCUACUGGACCAAUGACGCGAUUGGAAGCAAGUUCAACGUUAUCUACUUCGUGCCUCUGAUCAUACUGGGCUCGUUUUUUAUGCUCAAUUUGGUUCUGGGCGUGCUGAGUGGCGAGUUUUCCAACGAGAGGGUUCGGGUUGAGAGGAAAGAGCAGUUCCGAAAGAUGCGCGAGCGAAAGCUGGUAGCCGAGGCGUUUACCGGUUACUGCGACUGGAUCUGUAAAGCAGAGGAAGUGAUAUUAGCGGAAGAAAGGACAACUGAGGAGGAGAAAAUGCACAUCAUGGAGGCGCGGAGAAAAGCGGCAGCGAAAAGGAAGAAGUUGAAAAACCUGGGCAAGAGCAAGAGCACCGACACGGAGGAGGAAGACAAUGACGGGGAAGAAGAUGCCUUAUAUAUGCCUAAAAAGAAGUCAGGUUUAGCCAAGGCGUCGUACCUCAAAUCAAAAAUAAAGAACCAAGGAGCCUGCGCGGGGUUCUGGCGCGCGGAAAAGACAUUUCGGUUUGCGAUUCGGAAGGCGGUGAAGACGCAGUUUUUCUACUGGUUCGUGAUUGUGCUGGUGUUUCUGAACACGGUGUGUGUGGCGGUGGAGCACUACAACCAGCCCGACUGGCUCGCCCAGUUCCUCUAUUAUACCGAGUUUGUGUUCCUCGGUCUGUUCAUAUCGGAGAUGCUGAUCAAGAUGUACGCGCUGGGGCCGCGCAUCUACUUCGAGUCAGCCUUCAACCGGUUCGACUGCGUCGUCAUCUCCGGCUCCAUCUUCGAGGUCGUCUGGUCCACCAUCAAACCAGAGUCCUCGUUCGGCCUCUCCGUGUUACGAGCCCUCCGUCUGCUGCGCAUCUUCAAAGUCACCACGUACUGGUCGUCCCUGCGGAACCUGGUGAUCUCUCUGCUCAGCUCGAUGCGCUCCAUCAUAUCGCUGUUGUUCCUGCUCUUCCUCUUCAUUCUCAUCUUCGCUCUGCUCGGAAUGCAGCUGUUCGGAGGAGAGUGGAACUUCAAGGACGGCACACCGCCGGCCAACUUCAACAGCUUCGCCGUGGCGCUGCUUACUGUGUUCCAGAUUCUGACUGGAGAGGACUGGAACGAAGUCAUGUACAACGGCAUCAAGUCGCAGGGCGGCCACGACAAUGGAGGCAUGAUCUACUGCCUGUACUUCAUCGUGCUGGUGGUGUUCGGCAACUACACUCUGCUGAACGUGUUCCUCGCUAUCGCCGUGGACAACCUGGCCAACGCGCAGGAGCUCACCGCGGCAGAGGAGGAACAGGAGGAGGAGGACAAGGAGAAAAUGGCUGCUGAGCUGGAGAAGGAGAUUGGAGCGCUGCACGUGGCGGACGGAGCCCCGACCGUGGAGAUCUGUCCGCCCUCACCGCACGCGCCCGUCCGCAACCACAGCUCGGACAACCGGCCGUCGCUGCAGGCCAUGAAGGGCGACACCGUGGACGAGGAGGAGGCUACCGGGCCCAAGCCCAUGCUGCCCUACUCGUCCAUGUUCAUACUGUCGUCGACCAACCCGAUUCGGUGUGCCGCUCACUGGGUGGUCAAUCUGCGGUACUUCGACUUCUUCAUCAUGUUUGUCAUCUCUCUGAGCAGUAUCGCUCUGGCGGCGGAGGACCCCGUGGUGGAGCAGAGCAACAGGAACAAGAUCCUCAACAUGUUCGACUAUGCCUUUACGGGCGUCUUUACAGUAGAGAUGAUCCUCAAGGUCAUAGAUAUGGGUCUUAUUCUCCAUCCUGGUUCCUACCUACGAGAAGUGUGGAACGUUAUGGACGCUACAGUUGUAAUAUGCGCCUUAUUUUCGUUCAUUUUUAAUCAAACCGGGAGCUCGACGGGGCAGAACCUCUCCACCAUCAAGUCCCUGCGAGUUCUCCGGGUGCUGCGGCCGCUGAAGACCAUCAAGCGCGUGCCCAAGUUGAAGGCGGUGUUCGACUGCGUGGUCAACUCGCUGAAGAAUGUUGUCAAUAUUUUGAUAGUGUAUAUGCUGUUUCAAUUUAUCUUCGCUGUGAUAGCAGUGCAACUGUUCAACGGGAAGUUCUUCUACUGUACGGACAAUAGCAAAGUGUUGGAACAAGAGUGCCAAGGAGAGUACUUUGUGUACACGGACGAUAACCAGCCGCCGGAGGUGCACGAGCGGAAGUGGAAUAAGCAGGACUUCCACUACGAUGACGUCAUGAUGGCCAUGCUGACCCUCUUCGCCGUCCAGACCGGAGAGGGGUGGCCCACAGUGUUGCAAAACUCGAUGGCGGCCACCUCUGAGGACAACGGUCCGAAGCCGCACUACCGGAUCGAGAUGUCGCUCUUCUACAUCGUCUACUUCAUUGUCUUUCCGUUCUUCUUUGUCAACAUCUUCGUGGCGCUCAUCAUCAUCACGUUUCAAGAGCAGGGCGAGGCCGAACUGCAGGACGGCGAGCUGGACAAAAACCAGAAAUCCUGCAUAGACUUUGUUAUUCAAGCGAGGCCUUUGGAGAGGUACAUGCCAAAAGAUAGAAAAAGUUGCAAAUACAAGAUGUGGAAGAUAGCCGUCUCAACUCCGUUCGAAUACUUCAUUAUGGUUUUGAUUAUUCUAAACACACUUCUUCUGAUGGUCAAGAACUACCCCCAAAGUGAUUCCGAGGAGAAGGUCGUGCGAAAUCUGAAUAAUGUCUUCACCUUGCUGUUUGCAAUAGAAUGUGCGCUCAAGGUGGUGGCCUUUGGAGUCAGGAACUUCUGCAAGGACAGAUGGAACACGUUCGACCUGAUCACGGUGCUCGGCUCAAUCGUGGACGCCAUCGCCACCGAAACACAGAUGACCAGCUCCAUCAACCUGGGUUUCCUGCGACUGUUCCGAGCGGCGCGUCUUAUCAAACUGCUCCGACAGGGCUACACCAUCCGCAUCCUGCUGUGGACAUUCGUGCAGAGCUUCAAGGCCUUGCCAUACGUCUGCCUUCUGAUAGCCAUGCUGUUCUUCAUUUACGCAAUUAUUGGCAUGCAGGUGUUCGGAAAUAUGGGGUUCGAUCCCGACUCGGAUAUGAACAGGCACAACAACUUUCAAAGUUUCUUCAGCUCUGUGUUAUUGCUUUUUCGGUGUGCCACUGGCGAGUCGUGGCAGAGCAUCAUGCUCGCCUGCAUCAAGGGCAGACCGUGCGAUCCGCGCGCCAUCCCCGAAAACGAUCCCCACAAGGUGUGCGGCUCGGACUUCGCCUACGCCUACUUCGUCUCGUUCAUAUUCUUCUGCUCAUUCCUGAUGCUCAACUUGUUUGUGGCUGUAAUUAUGGACAACUUUGACUACCUGACGCGCGACUCGUCGAUCCUGGGAGCCCAUCAUCUGGACGAAUUCCAUCGGAUAUGGGCCGAGUACGACCCGAAUGCAACUGGCAGGAUAGAGUACACAGAAAUGUACGACAUGCUGCGCAACAUGGAGCCUCCACUCGGCUUCGGAAACAAGUGUCCGUACCGGCUGGCGCAUAAGAAGCUCAUCCGAAUGAACAUGCCCAUCGACGAGGAGGGCAAAGUGCAGUUCACAACGACUCUGUUCGCGCUCAUCAGGGAGAACCUCAGCAUCAAAAUGAGGCCCGCGGAUGAGAUGAACCAGGCGGACGCCGAGUUGCGGAAAACAAUUACGAAACUCUGGCCGCUUCAAGCCAAGAAGCUGCUCGAUCUGCUCGUCCCUCCAAGAGAACAGGUGGGAGCGGGCAAGCUGACUGUCGGGAAGAUCUACGCCGGCCUGCUGAUACUGGAGAACUGGAAGACGACGCGGUUUGGGCAGAUAGCGCCCGAAAAUCAACCGGAGAAGCAGGAGCUAGUGCCUCCCGACUCGAAAGCCAGUUUGCUAGAGCGCAUCAUGGGCAUAGCGCGGCCGACCAACCCGCGCGCGGCGGCUGAGCCGUCGGGGCCGCCGCCGCCGCCGCCCGCCGCCGAUGACGACGACGAGCUCUGCGACAGCGACGACCGACAGAGCGUAAGUUUGCUGGGGCCCUCUCAGACGGUAGUGUACACGGAGGCGGCCGUCGAGCCGUGGCGCCGGCUGGGCGGCUCCGACUCGCGGCUCUGGCGGCCCGACGAUCCGCCCGGCUCUCCGGCGCGCCACCGCUCGGCCUCCCAGCAGCUGGUGUCACCCCGCGGCAGUGGCCAGGGUGACCUGAUCGGGUCGCGGCGCAGUUCGAUCGCCUCUCUGGUGACCCAGCUGCAGGGCGGCUUCCGGCCGGGCAGUUUCCGCUCGCGGUCGCCCAGUCCGCGCGCCUACCACUCGCCCAACUCGUCAUUCCGGAGGCGCGUGCGGCCCCAGUCGCCCUACCAGGACCGCUCGCCGUCGCCCGCCGCGUCCUUCCAGCGCAGCCUGCCAGGCAAGGACCACUGCGACUGGGCGCUGCCCCACCGGCACCGGCGGCUACCCAACGAGCGGGCGGCCUCCAUCAGCCCCGAGCGGCGGCGGCGAACGAACGGCUACGGCGCCGGCUCGCUGGACCAGCAGAGCCGCUCGCCGUCUCCGCCGCCGCGCCGCACCGGCAACUCGUUCCCGACGCUGCCGAGUCGGCGCAGCGGCGGCCGCCGGCUGCCGCCCACUCCCAGCCGGCCCUCCACGCUCGACCCGGCCGAGUUUCCGCACGUGGCCCGAGCAGCCGGCUACCGGCCGCCACCGGGCGCAGCGCCCUUCAACUUCCCCAAGGUGAACGCCUCGCCGACUCACACCGGCCGCAGGAUGCCGGCGCCAGGUGUUCCGCCCGUGCGCCGGCCGCCGCUGCCGCCGACGUACGCCGCCGAGCCGCAGCCGCCGCUCAGUUUCGAGGAGGCGGUGGCGAUGGGCCGCGGCACCCGGCAGCUGCCGUCGCCUGUGGUGCCGAACGGGUACCGGCCGGGCGGCGGGGGCGCGGGCGUGGCGCGCCCGGCCGGCCGCCGGCUGCCGCAGCCUGCCGGCGACUCGGAGGACGAGGACUGGUGCUGACACAGCGGCGCGCCGCAGCCGGCCAGUCUUUCAGCGCGCAGUGGCGCCCGCCGCCAGUCGUGUGGCCGCCGCACACGUGCCCACACUGCCCCGUUUUGUACCGCGCGCCGGCCGGCCGGCGCCCGCGGCGCGCCGCCCCGCCCCGGCUCUGUACAUACUAUGAAUAGUUUGUAUUAUACAUAUACAUACAUAGCUAACAUACAUAUAUACUCUCAUUGUAGUCAACUUAAAUCAAAGGGUUUCGUAUCUUCUUCAUACUGCACCCGUUGGGCAGAGGGGCUGCCGCGGUGGCGCCAGCCUUACUCCUGCUUGUCUGGUGUAUAUCGGGUGUGGAUGUCCGGGCGUGGCGCGCUCGGCGGGCCGAGCCACCGCCUCCGCGACGGGCGCGCGUACAAUGUCUCUCUCCUCGUGACCGUCUGGGCCUCGGCCCUGUAUGCCAGUCUGUCCAACUUCCGACCCAGUCUCGAUCGGUGGCGUCCUCUCUUCUCCGUUUCUUCUCUCCUGCCGACCGGGUGAUAGGCGGGGCGCGGCUCGCCGCCCGUCCGCGCGCCGGCGCGUGCUCAUCCCUCCUCUCGGUGUGUGCGUGUGUGUCCGUCUGCGUGUCUGUGAGUGCGUCGGUGUGUGUGCGUCACCCUGAUCCGGCGGCGCCCGUCCGCGGCGGCCGCAGACCACCCAAUGUGCCAUGGGCCGCGGCCCGACUGUGGCCGCGGCGCCGCUCCCCGGGUCGGCCGGCUGCCCCCGACUGCGGCUCUGACGGCGCGCAGCAGUUCUUUUCUCAAAGUAUACCUACACACAGAGCUGUUAUAUCUAUCUGUUGGUUGUUGUCAGAAGCUGAGAGAGUGUGUAGCACAAUAUCUCAACCGUUUAUCGCAUUCCGGUGCAUUCCCCAUAUGAAGAAUCCUGUGCAGCCGUGGCCUGUUCGCGGUGUUCGAGCACAGCCGUUACGUUGUCCACAUAUAUAUGCUCUGCUCUAUUCCAUGCAUAUGGCGUUACUGUUUCCCGUUGCCGCGUUUUGUUCUCGAAGCGUCUACUGCGUGCGUUCGGCAGGAGAUUAGAGUGGUGUGUACGGUCGGUGGCCGGUGCCGGUGGCCGCCGGGGUACUGUGUACCGUGUACGGUCGGCCAGGGCCGCGGGCGCGCCGCCGGCCGUCCGCCGGCAACUGAGCGGGCCGCGUGAGUCGCGCGCGUGGGUGUGUACCGUGUGGUUGUGGUUUUAUACACACGGCUUCCAGUCCUAGAAUACAACAUUUCCAAUCCAA